AUGGUAAGACGUCUCUUCGAAUCAAGGAGUAAUAAAGCUAAAUCUGAUUCAAAAGACAAUAAGACUAGUGAAGUUGCUCCAGUAGAUGAGUUUGUUGAUAUCCUGGGACUUAACGUCGAAAGUUCUAAACCACCUGAUCCUAAACCAGAAAACACAGGAAAUGAGUCAGAUUUUCUCAUAUUCAACCAAGACCCAACAUUUAAAGAACCUUUAAAGGAAAUCGCAAUUGACGCAGAACCAAUGGAUUUUACAGAUACCACACCCCAGUCAGUGACUGAUUCAGAUAAACUAACGCCAAGCUCAAAUGAAUCAAAACUAACCUUAGGAGCCGAAACUUUAGAAGAAGUAGAUCAACUAGAUUACCUAGAUUUUGAAUCAGCAGCGUUUGAAGAACAUAAAAACAGAGAACUGUCUGACUCCUUUUCAGAAGAUAAUGCAUUUUCUGAUUUAGCGACAGUUGAAAAUAAGACUAUUUCCAAGCCAGAAGAGUCAGAUAAAACAGAUCCAAACAAAGAAGAGUUUAGGGAGACGGAGUUUGCCAAAUUUUACGAUACAUCAUAUUCAACAGAACUUCACGGGGACACGAUAGUUGGAGCGUUUAUCAUUAGUUAUAAAAAUGCGAAAACCGAAUACCUAUUUUCAUACCCUCCAACACUCAAUGUGAAUCGCCCAUAUGAUACAAAACUCCUUAAAUCGCAAUACAAAACAGAAUCGUAUACAGCAAACAGAGAUACGAAUUCAGAACUACAAUCAUGUUUGCAUUUGGUGUCAGAUUUGGCAUUAGGAGCAAGGAAGAAUAAUUCUCUGGUUGAUUUCGCGCAUUUCGUCCUCCCAACUUCAUCUUCUAACGUCCUCUACGGAACAAGUUAUGUGAUUCAACUCACAGAUGAUAUUCAAGUAAAAACGGAAAACUCGGAGAAAAAUUCGACAGAAACAAAGGAAAAUGAAAAUGAAUUGAAAGAAAACCCAGAAGGACCGACAUUAGUUGAUACUGGAUCUGAUGAAACGCCGAAACAAUUGGUGAAGAAAACUAGUUCUCACCUACCUAACGGACAUUUUGUCGCCAUAUGUUUGGUGUACAAAGUGCCAUUCUUCGGACUAAUAGGGUCAAGACUAGAAUACUUAGCACAAACCUAUUUUGAUAAUAAGAACUUUCAUGACCACUCGCUGCUGCAGUCAUUUCUGGAACAUGUGAACAAAAACGAUAAAGUCGAGGAUUGGAGUUACGAGUCCUUGUUCUUCAAUUUGGAGUACCACUUCAAGCCGUUUUCACUGUGUCUGUCAUAUAGUAAGUUUCAAAAUUAA